AUGGCAGCAUCACUCCAACAUCUCGGUCGAGGCGCUCUACGAGUGGCCAAAAACUACACGAAAGGAUACACAGAUAUACAGACCAAAGUACGAGAUGCUACUUCGAACGAUCCAUGGGGACCUUCAGGAUCUCAAAUGAACGAGAUUGCUCAGAUGACUUAUAACCAAGGUAAAAACUGGAGACAUGUUUUCAAAGCUUUAACUUUGUUGGAUUAUUGUCUUCAUGCCGGUUCGGAGAAUGUGGUGAUUUAUUUCAAGGAUAAUAUAUAUAUCGUCAAGACGUUGAAGGAAUUCGUUCACGUAGAUGAAGGGGGUAAAGAUGUGGGAGCGAACGUUCGACAAAAAGCGAAAGAUAUCACAAAUUUACUUCAGGACGAUUCACGAUUGAGAGAAGAGAGGAGAUCUAGAGGGGCUAUGCGAGAUAGGAUGUUGGGUAAUAUAGAGAAUAGCGGGUUGAAAGGUGAUGGUGAUUAUGGUGAACGUAAAAGUCCAGCUCCGGAAGCGCCAAAGAAUAGAAACGAAGAGGAUGAUUUACAAAAGGCGAUUGAAGAGUCAAAGAGGAUGUCAGAGGAUGAAGCGAAGAGGAGAUCUCAAGUUACGAAAGAAGAAGAUGAUUUGAGGAGAGCUUUGAGAAUGUCCGAGGAGGAAGAAGACAGGAGAAAGAGAGAAAGGGAGGAGUCGAAUCAGAACGCUUUGUUCGAUGAUAGUUUGAAUCUGUAA